ACAAAUUAUAUUGGUUUAAGUGACUUUGAAGUUUGUACAUUGAGGUCUGCUGAAUUGCAGGUUAAUAGUGUUUAAAUUGUUGCAUGUAUUGUUGAUAUGUGGUACAGUAUUUACAGUUGUCUUAAAAAGAGGGAUAAUUCAUUUACCGUUGCCAUAAAUAGAGGGACAAUUUAAUUGCAGUAUUAUCCUUUUGAAAUAGAGGGACAUUUUGUGUUGAAGGUUUAUAAGGAAAAAACAAUCAUCUUUAUUUCAUUUUCUUAUUUCAUUGGAGAUAAUCAUUUCUUUAGUGAGUAAAUAAUUGAGAUAUAUUUUCUAAAACCUUGUGUUGUGUUACUUUAUUAUUUACCUGGAAAGAGGUUAUCUUUUAUUCUAAGAGAGACAUGUGAACACAUAUGGUUAAAAUCUUUAUUAAAACUUAUAAAAGGUGAAUUCAUAGAUUGGAAAAAACAUUUCAUGGUGUACUAAAAAAACAAAAGAGAGAUCCAAGAUAAAAUUUAAAACUGAGUUGAUCAGGGUUAAAACACAUUUGAUGAUAUCUUAAAAGAACCCAAAAGCCCUGCCCUCAUCGAUAUAAAUACUGAGGGGAGCGCUACAUAAAAUGGAGGCACCGCUGGGAUCGUCUUGGAUUAACCAGUAAAAAAAAGAAAGAAAUAGAAUUAAAGGUAAAGUGACUAACUAAAGUUACUAAGCUAAUUUACAAACAGUGUUAACAUGGAAAAAACUGAACUAGUGUCAGAGUUAAAACGCUGGUGCCGUGGUGAGGGUUUGGAUGAGUCUCAUGCACUUAUGACAAUCACCCCAGAAGAUGUUGAGAUCAGUGAAGUGGAAGAAACACUGGGAACUAUCAAGUCUUUAGGACGGGUGCGCGUCCGUGGGAGAAACUUCAGUGCAAGACUAAACCGACGUAUGGUUUUGUGUGAGAGUAAAGAGACUGUGCAAGAGGAGAGUGUUCCUUCUGAAGUCGUGCCUAUCGAUGGUGGAGAGGCGUGGCCUGUUGUCAUCAUAGGAGGGGCACAGGCAGCUGCUGAAGAGUUUAAUAGUAAACUAAAAGGAUUGCUGCAGGCUGAAGGUAAAACCAUGGAGGAUCUCAAAUCAUUAUUCCCCAGUACACCCCCGCCCACUAGCUCCACUGAAUCCAUCCUUCGCGCUGUUGGAGAUUUGUUGGAAAAGACAACAAAACCAGCUGAUGGUGGAAGUUAUAGUCGACUACGCAUGUUCUCGGGAGCCCUACCAACGCCGCCAGGUGAGGAACCCUUUGAUCAUUGGCUAGAGCAAGCAUGGCUUAUGGUGGAGGAGACUGAAUGCUCUGAUAGAGAAAAAAGACGCAGACUUAUUGGAAGUUUAAAGGGGCCCGCACUAGAAAUUGUGAAAGCAGUGCGGCACGCCAAUCCUGACGCCAGCCCAAAAGAGUGCUUGGAAGCCCUUGAAAGUGCGUUUGGAAGUGCUGAGUCCGGUGAUGAUCUCUACUUUGCUUUCCGAUUGAUGCAACAACAAAAAGGAGAGAAACUAUCAGAUUUCCUUCGACGUCUAGAGAGGUCUCUAGCUAAGGUGACUCAAAGAGGGGGCCUCCCUGCUAGCUGCAAGGAUCACGCCCGACUGGAGCAACUGCUGAGGGGUGCUAUUGCCUCAGACCUGAUGCUGAUCCAGCUGCGCUUGAGAGAAAGGAAGGCCGCACCACCAAACUUUCUACAGCUGUUGACUGAGAUUCGUGCUGAGGAAGAAUACGAAACUUCUAGAAAGAAGCUCAGUGCCUCAGUACAUCAAGUGCAUGCUAAUACAGAAGUGGAUACAAGGCAAGCUGAGAUCCAGAACUUAAAGGCUGAAAUAAAAGAGCUAAAGUCAAUGGUUGCAUCAGUGGUGACAAAAUCCACUCAAGUCAAAGAUGAUUACAUGGAGAUUAAAACCAUUAGUGCACCGCCUGGCUCUGAGAAUCGGCAAGUUGCCGAGCUGGCUGCCUUGAAAAAACAACUGGAACGACUAAAACAGAAAACUAGCAACAAGAUGUCUGAGCAAGAUGCUGCAGUUGCUGUUUCAACCAUGGAAGCUUCUAAACAGGUCCCCAACUUCCCCAAGGGAGCACCAAAAAGGUCAGAAGAGAAUUUCUGCUAUAGGUGUGGUGAGAGUGGACAUUUUGCCACAAAGUGCCGCAACCCUGAGAAUCAAGCCAAGGUUAUCAGAAAGCUAAUUCAUGCUUUGAAGGUGACAAAAGACAGACAACAGUCUGGGGACGCCGCCAACAAUGAAGUCAACUGUGGGGUCAAGAAAAGUGCUGUUACCUCAUCAGAGCCGGCUGACAUCCCUGAAGGCUUGAUUGGUCCACCCAGCAUAGUACCUGUGAAAGUAAAUGGACAGUGCUGUGAGGCCUUGUUUGAUAGUGGCUCUCAGGUCACCAUUAUCUUUGAGUCUUGGUAUCAAACUUACUUGUCUGAUGUCCCCAUACGCCCGUGUCUGGAUUAG